UAUCACUGCCUUUUAAAAUGUUUUAUCACUUUACGAAAAGACCGCGUUUAUCAUAGUAUUGUGAGCCUUGUACACGAUUUAAGAUAAGCUUUGUAAAAUAUAAAGAGAUACCUGAUACCUAUGAGUUAUGAGUUUAUGACUGUUAAUUGUUAUGAGUAUUGAGUAAUUACGAUAUAAAAUAAAUAUAUAAUACUAAACUGGUUUUUUUUUGUCGAUCUUAUUACAAUAUUAUGUUUAAGACGUUUAGGAAUAUUUUAUUUCCAAAAACUAUCACAUUAUGUACGAACUUCUAAACGAUAUUUUGCAAUGCAUUGAAUUCGUGUCCAAAACCGUAUUGUCUAAUUUAGCAGAAAUAGUAGAAACGUGGGSCCGAUGUUCUCAAUUGUACGCAGGAUUUGUAGAAAAAAUUAACGUGGCUUGGAGGACUCCUUUGGAUACAGAAUUUUUAGAAGAGUUCCCUGACAUUAGAACUAAAGUGGCUAAAAAACUUGAACGACUUGGAAAUGAGCAACUUUCUGUCUUACGUUUGCUUAUUGGCCGCAUGUUUAACAUAAAUGAAUGUCUAAAAAUUAAAUUGGAUAAAAUUAACAACAGACUAGAGCAAAUAUCAUUUGAAGAACAUAAUGAGGUUAAACAUUCAAUCCGUGAACACGUCAUGUGGAUAGAAGACUGUUGGACAUGYCUCCAUUGCUUGUAUCCUUUUCUAAUUUGUACUCAGCCAUAGCCCAUAGACAAGUAUUAGGAUGUACAAAAACUAUURGAUAUUAAUAUAUUAUCAAGAGUAUUACAAAUACACAAUAUUGCUAAAAUAUCAUCUCAAUGUAUAUCAAAACAAUAAAACAUUUUUUUUUUAUUAUUUGUUAAUACUAUAAAUAAUUACAACGUUGGUAGUGAAGUA